AGUGUGACUUGAAAUGAAAAGAAAGCACAAUGGUCUUGUCUUGUCUACCUCGAUAAUAAGCAAAUAGUAAAAAAUUCCAUUGAAUGUGAAUAUUGGUUCCUGUAUCGACCUUAUUGAGGUAGACACGACAGCUAGGGUUCACAGUUUGAAAAUUUACCGUCUCUUUUCAAUGGAGCAAGGGAGCAGAAACCCAAAUACGGGUCAUCAAGAGAAACAUUCUUUAGAUUUUGAUGCCAAAAUGGCCAACUUUGCUGAAAACGGGACACGAGGUUCUUCCUGUGUUCAAGAAGUUGUGAAGAAAAAGCGCGGCAGAAAGAGCAAUAAGGAGAAGGAGGAGAUGGAGAAGAGGAGGAUGUUAGCCAUGGAAGAUGGGGUUUCCGAGCAGAGACCCAGUAGAAGAAGAAAGAAAGACGAUGACUUUGGCGGUGGGUUUGAAAUGUCUGACACUCAGCAACAACAACAUGAUCGUAAAGAAGAGGUGACGCCAAAAGUCAACAAGAAAAAACCUAAGUGUGGUGAAGAGGAGCCCUUAACGUGCCAUCAAUGUAAGAGAAAUGAUAAAGGUCCUGUUGUGAGGUGCACAACCUGUCAGAAGAAACGAUUUUGCCUAGUCUGUAUACGGGCCUGGUAUAGUUUCGCCUUUCUUUUUCUUCUUUCCAUGUCAUGUUUACCUCACUGCAUUGCCAGUUACAAAAGACCAAAUCCAGUCACCGUGUUUGUGUUGCAAGAUUUUGAACGGAUUAUUGGAAUUGGAAAAGUUCUUCUGUGA